GACAAAAGCAGCGCUCAGCCCGAGAGUUUAAACAAACCAGAGAGGCAGCACAUUGCAGAGCAGGCACAGACACACACAAACGCACACACACUGUCAUACAGCUGUGAUGUGUAACACAGAAUGAGGUUGAGAGGACUCAUCCACACCUGAAAUGCAGAGUUCUCUGGAGAAGAUGCACCUCAGGGCAGCACCAUAGGAGACAUUAACCAGAUCAGAACGUAGGCCCUAACCUUCACCUUGCACCUUAUGUCCGUCAGCCCAUUCCCCAUUAAUUAAUCCCUCAACAAAGUGAAUAUAGACAUUAACCUCCGGAUUGAAAGAUCCUUACCAGAAGCAAUAGAGGACCUAAUGGAAGCAACAAACCAAGCUGAGAUGGGAGACCUGUGUCACUCUCACGCCUCCAGCCCAGAAGGAGAAACGGUAUGUGAGGCUCUGGCCCGUCAUGAGAGGACUCUGAGGGAGGCCAUCAGGGAGAUCCACAUGGAUAUCAGUGCCUUUAAGUUAGGCAUGGAACAUCGGCUGGAGGACGCAGUCAGCCUGAGCGGGACUCUUGGACAAGCCAUGAGUCAGCUCCAGCAGGAGAACCAAGAGCUCAGAACUCAGCUGCAAGUUCUAAGCAAACGAGUGGAACUCCUAAGUGGCAUGAGCAGUCAAAAUGGCAAGAACCACCUCAAUGGCAUCCAAACCAAUCACUCGGAGCUCAAGGAGGUGAUCUACGGGAAGGCUGAGGGUCCCACUCAGAGUGUCAUCCAGACAUGUACCCUAGGCAUCCAGACCCAGACCUACAGAGCCCACAGGACUCACGUCAAUACUCCAUCCAGCCCUGCGACCUUCUCCUCUUCCCCAAACUCCAGUAGUCCUCCAGUCACUUCAAGAGUAUCCACCAUCGUGACCGGUCCCAUGUCAAGCAGCAGCCCGCCCACUGGCCGCUUCUCCAGCCGAGCCACAUUUUCCCUGUCCAGCAAAACCAAUAGUAUUGAGCGAGAGGAGCCAAUAGAAGUGGACCCAGCUCCAGCUCAUGUGGGCCUAGAGAACGGAGACACUGCAUCAACAGAACAUUCCUUGCUGGUACAUGGAAAGAAUUCUCCACCCAGAGAUUUCCCCCAUGAGCACACAGCCUCAGUUGCCAUGCGAAUUGCCCAUUUCCCCGUCACAGCAACCACCAAGACAGCAGAACUCAAGACCUCUUCAGACCCUCCCGCUAGCCCCUCUUCUUCUCAUUCCUCUCCUGUCUCCGAGGCCUUCCCUGCCAGCCAGUCAAGUACCAGCACCAUCCAGCAGCAACCAAGUGCUGAGGCCCCACUUCAACCAGUAUCUUCUGUGAAGACGUUCCCCCGCACACCCAUUAGAGCUCUGGGAACAUCACGUCUUCAAGAGAGGACGGGUUCGGCCUCUGCUAAAACUGUGACUUAUUCAGGUUUACCUCAACAUAACAGACAACACAACCGAGAUGACAGUGAUGAAAGCAAAGACAGAGCCUUUGGACAUGGAGGAGAAAGGAAGCGAGACCUGGUGAGGUCACAGACAUUACCAAAAAACAUUGGAGCUCAGGCUCGGCAUCCAGUCUUCGAGAGGCUGGACACAGACAUCAAUAACAGUUCACCCAAACUAGUGGAGGCCAAACCCAAACUGAAGCGCUCCCAAAGUUUUGGGGUUUCCAGUGCCAGCAGCAUCAAACAAAUCCUUCUUGAGUGGUGUCGCUCAAAGACCGUAGGCUACCAGAACAUCGACAUCCAGAACUUCUCAUGCAGUUGGAGCGAUGGCAUGGCUUUCUGCGCUUUGGUCCACUCCUUCUUCCCCACCGAGUUUGACUACGAAUUGUUGUCACCGGCAAAUCGAAAGCACAACUUUGAACUGGCUUUCGGGACUGCAGAAGCGAAGGCUGGGUGCGACCGGCUAAUCGAAGUGGAUGACAUGAUGAUCAUGGGGCGUAAACCGGAUCCAAUGUGUGUAUUCACCUACGUUCAGUCCCUGUAUAACCACCUGCGAAAGUUUGAAUGACACUCCAUAUUAGUGGCAUGCCAUUUUCCAGCCAUCUUUUCCACGAUACCAUUGCCACUGAGCUUGAAGGCAUUUCCUCUCUGUCGAGGAAAGAAGUCAAAGAAUUUGGAACUGUGCUGCCCUCAGCUGGUAAACUGGAGAACAUUCUUCCCGGUCUUGGAGGGCGAACAAAUAAGAGAAUAACGCGACAUCCAAUUCAAUGAGGACUGCACAAUAUUACGUUUGUCAACUAUAUUUGGUGUGGAACAUAUUUGUUUCUUGUAAAACCUUUAUUAUUCCCACAUGUUGACUAUGUAAACAUUUUAACACUGCACCAGAGGAGAUACAAUUUACAGCAUCAGCGAAGAACUGAAAUGUCAGCAAUUCAUUAUGUGAUGUAUUCAAAUAAUAUGUGGAAAAUGCAAAAUAGAAUUUUUGUAAAAAUCAGACUUAAUUAUGAGCAUUUCUCCAAACACUUUGCUGAGAUAUUGAGUUGUAAUCAAUUUUUUAAAAAUGUCUUUGGAAUAGUUGCUUUCGUUCCAUUUUCAGAUAUUUGUUCUUAUGAAAUCAAAAUUUCCCAAAAAAUUACACAGUAGUCACAAAUUAGAGUUAACAUUAUAGGUACUUGAAAUUGUUACACCUGCAUGACGGCACGCAGAAAAAGUUGUUGGCUCAAAUUUAAAAGAAUUAUAUUUCAAUUUAAGAUGCACAAACACACACAAGCUGAUUCUAUACUAUAUGUACUUUCGAUCCUAUUUGACCUACUUAAGCAAAAAAUGAAUUCCUAGUGAUUGUAGUUAUCAAGAGAAUCACUGGUUUUAUGAGCUAUUUUUGUUGUCAUCUUUAUCAUUCUUUAAACAGACGCAACUUUCGUUAUACCAAGCAUUAAAAUAUGAACAUAAAACUCAAGAAACAAGAGUGGUAUAAUAAUUUGUGCCUGCAUGGGUCCGUGUGUGCGUGUGUAGUAACUGUCACUAAUGAUGUAGGGCAGAGGUGUCCUAAAACCAUCCCAGGGCCAUUUGUGUCCUGCUGCGUGUUUGCUAUACAUUCUGUGAAGACAAUGAAACACCCACAUCACACGAAAAAGCAUAUCAAAAGGCUAAUAGCAAAAGUUAAAAUGUUGGAAAAAAACAACAUUAUUUGAAAAUGUAACAGGGUGGCACGGUGUACCACACAGUUCAGAGAUCAUGGAUUCAUAUCUAGGCCCCGGCCCUCUUUGUGUGGAGUUUGCAUGUUCUCCCACUGCUUUUGUGGGUUUUCUCCCACAUAACAAAAAUUUACAUGUUAGGUUAAGAGUAAAUUGUCCGUAUGUGUGAAUGUGACAAUGAACCUGUGUUCGUCUAUGAUGCAUGUGCCCUGUGAUCGGCUGGGAUCCAGUUCAGGGAGUAUCCUGCCUCUUGCCUGAAACUUGCUGGGAUAUAGGCGCCAUCACCCUACUGAUGAUAUACGGCAUACAGUAGAAAUGAAUGUUCCAAGGUAUUACACUUGUCUCACUGUGUAAUGUUGGGAUAAUCAUUACUAAAUUAAAACAUAUUUUUGACAUGCUUCUUCAUAAUUUAACUUCUGAUGUGAAUUACGUCAACAAGAUCAUAUUGUUGUCUUGUGAAUGA